UUAGUAGCAGAUUAUAAUAUUAGUAUUAAUACAGUUAGUGAUAUUUUAAAAAGAAAAGAUUAUUGGUUAAAAAUUAACUCAAAUAGUUUAAUUAGAAAAUCACAAAGAAAUCAUUUACCUGGUUUUCCUUUAAUAGAACAAGCACUAUUAGUUUGGGUAAAUCAUGCAUUAGAAGCCAAUAUUACAAUUUUAGAAUUUAUGUUAACUGCUCAGACUCAAAAUUUUGCAGAACUUUUUCAAAUUUCAAAUUUUAAAGCUUUAGAAUGUUGGUUAAUCAACUUUAAACAUCAUGCAGAAUUAAGAAAAUUUACCAGACAUGGUGAAGCUUUAAGUGCCCCUUUGGAGAAACUUCCUUAA